UCGCCAACGCCGUCAAGACGGAGGCAGCCUUCUGGAUCGUCGCGACUACAUGCUCGCGGUGGACGAGCUGCACGCUCGGUUUCUCAUGUGUCUGUAGCAAGUGACGCGUCGACUGCUUCCAAUGUUCCGACAGAAAUGGACGUCGACGCAGGUCCGAGUCUAAGUGAGACGAGGAUACGUUCAGAGGUUGUGUUCGCGCAAUCCGAAGAACAAAAGGUGUCCUUGGUUUCACAACUACCAGCGGAAGUGCUCCAGGUUCUAAGAAAUACCGACUUCGUUAGCAACACUUUCAUCGGAGACGUAGACACUCGCAACUCGUUCUGUCUUAUUGCUUCUACCAAGACGUGCUUUGUUUGGAAAUACUCGCAGCUUCUUCCUGGAGCGCCGACAUGUUACAUCUUUCCUUGUCCAAACCGCUUCUCAGAAACAGAGCCUGCCGUACCGUCUUCUGCACUCGUGUCAUAUGGUUCCUCGCGUGAACCUGGGUUAAUCUUAGUCUCUCCUUAUGGAGAGUUGCAUUUCUGGGACAGUAUCGGUCUUGGCCUUACCGGCGGCGAAGCAACAGACGCUUCGUUAUUAGACCUUAGGUCUGACGAGACCGUUACUACGCUGAUAUACGCAGAGCCACUGAAAUUUGUAGCAACGACAUCGACCGGACGGCUAUUCCUGCUUUCAAUCACAUCGACUGAAGGACGCUUUCGCGUAGCAUCGCAUCCAUUUACCUUAACUCGUCCACAAGGUACAAUGGAGCGAUUGCGUUCAGGCUUCUGGGGCGAAAAACCACCAUCGUACUCGGGCGGCUUUAUAACAGCUGCAAGUGUGACCGAUGUAAAUGACGAAGGAUUCGAAGUUUGGAUAUGUGCAGACAUGAAAGUUGUCCGCUGGACUGUUCUCUAUAAGGGCUGGGAACAAUUCGAAGCCGAGGAAGAUAUAGAACAGAAGCUCCUGCCACCGCUUGAAGAGGCCUUCAAAGUCACUUCCGGAGCACUAUCUGACUUGGAGCUUUUGGAUAUCGCUUUUGACGCCGAGGAUCAUCUAGUGUUGCUUGCUUCGUUUAGUGCUGGAGUAGACAAUGAGUCGAGUAUCGAUACACGGCCGCGUCGGCAUUACGUUGUUGUCAGAAUGAAGAGGGAAGAUAACAUGCAGUUUGCGGGUAUUCGCACCGUGCCGUAUCAAACAAUAUCUUCGGACCGAGCGAACAUUCAUCCUCGCUUACGUUUACUCGACGGCGGUCGGGUAUACUGUGUGCAGUUCGGAGACGCAGUCGCCCUUGCAGCUAGAGAUAAUAAUUACACCAGCCUCCUUACCCUCAAGAAUCUCCAGGACAGAACAUUCGGCUGCGGCGUCCUAAACAACUCUUCUGACAUGCUCUUCAUGAAUAGCGAUGUGCUCAUGCGCGUCUCUACCGAUAUCGAGAAGAUUAACAGCUAUAAUGUGAAUACAUGGAAGGGCACCUCAAUCAAGUCGAUAAUGACACAAGCUAUUCUAUUUGGGUCGAAUCCAAAGAACCCUCUUCUUUUCACCUUCCCUCCCGAUGUUGACGAGGAAAGUCUAAUCUCUGGAGCCGAGCAGCUAUCUCGAGCAGUACUCGCUUCAGAUGCCGAAGUUGUGAGACCCAAUCCUGACCUCUCUCAGCAAAUUCGAGAACGCAAGGACCGCCUUCGGUUCCUCAUUGGUUUUAUUAAUGAGAACGGCGCACUUGGAAAGAUGUCGCAAACAAGCCGCCAGCGUCUUGUUGUAGACGCUGAAAAACUACAUGCAACACAAGAAUUAUGGAUAUUGUACUGUGAGCUCCUAAAUUCUGGACUCGACGAUCACAUACUGCUCGAUGCCAUUAACGCAUACAUGGAGGAAUCAGAUAAAUCACGCCAUGAUGAUGUUAUGCGUGCAUUCCUCCGCCUAGAGACUCGAGACAUUGGAAACCUUCUUCCUUACAUCAAACAUGAAGUAGGAGAGAUAAUCAGGGACUACAACUUAGCACAACAAACCCCUGAUGCCUUGUAUCGAGGGACAGAUUACGUGCUCUGCAUCCUAGAAUCCGCAUGGAGUUUCCGCGACUUAAAUAUGGGUAUAUACGGCGUUGUGGGGCCUAUGUUGAACCCUUGGACUAGCUCACCAGCUGUUAUCGAUAUCGUUCUUGACUUCUUUAACCUGUCGGAUCGACUCCUUAUCCAGACGCCCCCUGAAGCGGAGAACAAGAUUUCUCAGGAUACGCGUAGACAGCUUCCUCGACUAGGUGCGACGGUGUUCCGUUGUUUCCAGGAGCGACAGAAUUGGCUCGAAAGCGCGGUUGCUGCUGACGAAACUGGCAUCGAAUCCGAGAAACGUGCCCACCGGGAACAUUUCCAGCAAGUUCGCCCGCAAAUACUGCAAACAUUAUUCAAGCACGGCAAAUCGGAGGAUGCGUUCGUCCUUGCUGAAAACUAUCGAGAUUUCAGGUCACUCGUGGACCUAUGCCACUCCACUCCUCCGAUUUAUCCAUUUGCAAGCAAUGUGAACGCAGAGCGGAUCAAGGAGUACAUUGAGAAGUACAAAGAAGAGUUCACCGACGAGUUGUACCUGUGGUACGUCGAACAUGGUGAAGUACGAUGCUUAUUCGAGCAAAGUGAGACGUACGGCGAGUACAUCGAUGCGUUCUUCAUAAAACAUCCGUAUCCGAACGUGUCGUGGGUGCAUGACAUUGGGAAGGGUCGAUGGGGAUCUGCGUCGUCGACGUUGCUUACGCAAGUUGAUCGUACGUUAGACCUUGAGACGCGACAUGUCAUGUUAAGUAUCGGCAAAUUAUCACAAAUUGCGGAGAGUGAAAAGUCACAGACUCGUUCGGACACUAUACUAGAUGCUUUCCAUGACGGCCUCGACUAUGUCUCCGUACAUGACAAACUAAUCGAGGAGCUGCGCGCACCGUUGGCGGGGUCAAAACAGAGACAAUCGCUCGAGAACCAAGCAGACGCAAUCAUGAAGGCAGUUGCUCCGGCUUUAAAGCCAAAGACGUAUUCAGGUUUCCAUUCGGAGUUCAAAGCUUCUGUGAAAGAAGUUCUGCAAAAUCAUGCAUUGCGUGUAGAGGACUUGAUCGAUAUCCUGACGUUGAAAGAGAGCACGCUUGAUUUCGAAACUGCUCUCGCACUUAUUAAAAAUGCUAAAAACUUACCCGAAGCUCGCCAACUUUCUUGCUUCCGAACGAUCUGGCGACGGAUAUACAUCCACGAUGACUGGGCGAGACUAACCAAAACAGUCAACGUAACAGACACGCAGCUCGUCGAGCGUUUCCGAAAGACAGCAUUAUACGCAACAGUUCGAGAUACAUUCCGCCGAUUACGUUUCGAGCAAGGCACACCUUCAAACCCAGAUGACCUGCUAACCACACCAAACAUCGUCCUCCCAGUAAACGAAGCAGCGCAAUUACCCAGUCGUGAGGAACUGGAAAGCCGAUGGCCGGGACAUACAGACGAGCAGAUCGAGGCUCUUUCGAAUGAUUAUGCUAAUGAAAGACAGCGACUUGUAGAGUUCGACCUUGUGCCUGUUGUUGAGCGUGUGAAGGAGCUUGCAGUGCAGGAGUUGAAGGAAGAGUUCGAGGUGGAGGAUAUUGCUAUGAAUUUGAGUGUAUAGUACAUAUAUUCGUUGCAUUUUUAUCCUUGCUUUCCUAUGAUUUAUUAUUCCAAUGACUCAAAAAUAUCUUUUGACUAAGAGAUCUGCUGGAUGAAAAAUAAGAAUGGAUAAUAUGUUAUUUCCUAUGUUCACCCUCAGAUUGAUCCUCAGAUUGCGAAGAAGAAAUUGACCCAGGCCUAGGUGGUGAGGACCCGAAAAUGCGCGUUCGGAACUGUCGAAUGGCAGCACGAGCAGCAAGUGUGAUCCCACCAAAAUUCCUUCGACUCCAUUCAUCCGAAUAUUCUCUCGAUCGUUCCUGCUCCUGCUGCAGCCAUUUUCCGUAGAAUUCAGAUAAAGCCGCUUCGCGUGCUUCAGGUGAGGCGGAGUCGGGUAAGGACGAGAGGACGGAUUGUUUGGCGGUUUCGAAUCGUGUGUUGCUGUCUUUCCAAUAUGCAUGAUUAUAAGCAUCCAACCGGCUCCUUUCUAUCCGCCACUGGUAAUCGACUGGGUCGCCGUCGAAUUCGUCCAGUAAAUAUGGGUGUGUCGGUGACGUUCGUGUACGUUCAACUAAACUUGUCGAGGGUCCAGCGACAUCCUUUCCAGUAUUCAUCAGAUUCUCCUCGCUUUCUUUCUCCUUGCCCUUUCUCCUUCGCCCGGAUGGAACGGGACCGACCUCAUCGUAUAUGACAGGUCGUAAAUUCGAUAUAGGGUCAGGCGGCCCGACUAAUGCAUGCUGCUGCGGGGAUUUGCGUAGGAAUCGUCGCGAGUGAUUGGUUAGACGAAAUUUUGUUUGAGAUUGAAGUCGAGCAGCGUAUGCAAGGCGUUGAGGGUGCAUGAUGACUGC